AUGUACAGAGUGCUGGGAGCUCUUACGGGCUCUAAGAGCUCAACAACUUUGGACAACGAAGAAAAAAGCCAAAAAAUCCUCAAACAGGCGCACGAUUUUGAGCUGGCUUUGCAAGCGAUGGAUUAUGUCUUGGACGAUCAUCCCCAGAGAGGUAUGGAGUUGUUGAAGGACGAUCAGAAUAGCGAAAGCGAAGACAACGAUCGCAGCGUUCGUGUGCUGGCCCGGGGGGUGGUAGAGUUUCUGGAGGCCACCUUAGGGUUUGAACCAAAUGCUAUGAAAAAAGCCGCAACCACAUUGGCUGAAGCGCAGCAGCUGUCACAGAAAAGAAGACAGUACUUCCAAAAAUUGAACCUCAAAACAAGCUCUCUGUAUCCGCCGGGUACUGAAUAUGCUGUAACUUUCACGGAAGCUUGUCUGCUGCACGCACUGUUGAUGCUUUUCAGCGAAAGCAUGGUAGAAAGUGCCAAGGCACUGUUCAAGCUGAGAAAGGCGUACCACAUGCUACAAGAGGUUUUGAACGACAUUAAAGCCGCCAAAGACAAAAACAAAAAGUCUCUCUACAAACAGGAAGCCAACGAAUCUUUCGCAUCUUUUGCCACGGCAGAUACAACCACGUUCAAAUCGGUCGAUAUCCCCUACCAGCUAACACCACAAGAACAACAAGACCGAGAACUCAUGCAACUGGCUGAAGACGUGUACAAAAUGCGCAAAAGAAGGCUCAACGGAGCUCAUAUCGGCAACUCCCCAGCUGCUGACAGACUAAGAACGGAUUUGGGUCUUCAGUCGCUUAAAAAUCUUUCGAAGCAAAAGGAUGCGAAAAACUCUACAAAACCUUCCGACGAAGAAGUAGAGGAAGAUCAGGCGACCAUUGAUGAGUUCAUUCACUCUGGCGUCAAUCUGUGUUUCGGCAUUUUGCAAGUGGUUUUAUCGCUCAUUCCUCCUGCAAUUGGCGCUGUUCUUUCAAUCGUGGGAUUCCACGGCUCAAAAGAGGAUGGGCUACGCAUGAUUUGGCGCUCGACCAAAGACCGUAACAUUCAUGGCGACAUUGGUCUUCUUUCGCUGCUAUUCUACUACGAUGGCCCGUUCCAGUUUACUGACGUGGAUUUUGAUGUUCCUGCUGCUAGCGACAACGGUGCAGAUGAAAAAUCCGGUGAACUGACCACUGCAACACUGCUUCACCCCGGUAAGUUGCUAGAGCACUCUCUCCUCCGGGCAAGAGCUGUUUUUCCAAACAGCGCUUUGUGGCUUUUACAAGAGGCUCGAAUGCUCUCGUCUCAGGGAAGACCCCAGGACGCUGUGGAUUUGAUCGAUUCCAUUGAUGUUAAUGAAAUAGAGAUGAGACAGGUCAAAGCUUUGAUUGUCUUCGACCGCGCCAUGAUCCUCGUUCAUCUUCAUGAAUUCGAAAGGGCAGCCAAGGAACUACUCUCACUUUUGAACAUAAGUGAAUGGUCGCCUGCUCUGUACACAUACUUUGCGGGAUGUUGUUACCUGGAAAAGUAUAGAAUGUGCGAAUUGAAGCUAUUAGACGAUUCUCGGAAGGACUAUUACAAGGAGCGCGCGGCCAGCCUGAUCUUUUCAGCGCCAGAAUUGGCGGGUAAGAAAAAGUUUAUGGCCAAAAUAACGCCGCUGGAAAGAUUCAUGCUACGGAAAGUUGGCCAGUUCAAAAAAAGCCAAGCUGCUUUGAAUGUGUUCGAUCCUCUUGACGCUAUUGGCGUCUCUCCUGUGCACGAAUUAAUGUAUUUUUACAACGGCUACAACCGUAUGACCGAAAAGGAGCUGGUACUGUCGCACAAAUUAUUGACCGAAUACACCAACCCAAUGCUAGAAACUAAAGAUCCAGACCAGGAGCUGAUCAGAAACCUGCUCACUUCUCUCACUCUACGCAGAUUAGGCAAAGUUGAAGAAGGAUGUGCACUUUUGGACAAUAACGUCCUACCAGCAAUAGUGUCUUUUGAAGUCCCGGACAAAGUCAAACUGAUCAAGAAAACAGAGGAUCCGUGGGCGUACCCAACGGCCCUUUACGAGCGUGCUCUUUUCACCUGGAAGCUCAAGAGGCUCGAUGGCAUGGACGAAUGCAAAACUUGGUUGGCAAGAGCCCAAAAUUACGCCGAUGACUACGAACUGAGUACACGUAUUGGAAUGAUGAUCAAAGCCGCUCUUGAUAGGGUUGGUGCUUGA